AUGAAGACUGUAAAUACCGGUCCACCUGGAAAUAAAAAACCGUCAUCGUUAUUCAAAGUAGUCAUCAACAACGGAAACCGUUCACGAAUCAUGACAAUCUCGCGAGGACGGACGACUCUUCCUAACCUACGCUACCGUAACGCACAUGAAACCACUGCACAUCUCGAGGUGGUGAUGCUUUCCGGGACAACCAUUACAAUCGACACAGCUAAGUUUGAAGACGAGAUAACCAACAUUGCGGACAUUCCUGUAGUGAACAUUGAAGAUGUCGUGAAUACUGAUGGAAAGAUGUAUGUUGAAGGGUAUCUCAAACAACCUUUUGCAAAGGUAACGGCGUAUGGUGGCAUUCAUGGAGGGGGUGUCAUUGUCAGCGAAAAGUUCAAAUUACAAAUCAAAGUCAUCCGUUACGACGAGAGGAAAGAAUUCAAGAAAGGAUGCUUUCUACGUAUUUUGGGGAGAGUUACUUUACAUGCUGAAGGUGCUCCUAUACUAACAGUUCAAUCAACAGAAGACAUUACCCUCAUGGACAAAACUACACCAUUGACUGAAAAAGAUCUCCGCACCAAAGGUUUCCAGACACCUAAACGCAAACAUGAAGGAUCCACGGAUGAGUGUUCAAACAAAAGAUCACCCUUCGACUCAUAA